AUGACAUGCCGUGGGGUCCUCCACAUCGGGCCCCACAGCGGCUCCAACCGCGUGGACCACCGCGUGCCCCACAGCGGGCUCACACCGAGUGUAUCCACCGCUGGCUCUGCAGACCCGGACCCGCUGUCUGGGUCCGUCAGGGGGUCCUCAGCAGCGCAGUUCCGCGGGGGAUGCCGUUGGUGCCGGGGGCGCGUCCCCCGAUGGCUCCGCUGCCUCCGCCUGGUCUCAGCGGAGGCUGCAAGCUCCAUGAGCCACCUGUCUGCGAUGGUCCUUACAGCACCAGAGCACCUGUCUGCGAUGGCACUCUACGUGUCUGAGCAGCGGUGA